UACGUAUACAACUACGCAUAUGCCUGUGUGAGAAAAGAAAUGUUUUGCCUUACCAUUGCCAUACAACUUUACGUAAAGUGUAUUGUCAUUCAGUCUGAGAAGUGUUUAAGACGCGUUUAGUGAAAUAAUAUUGAAGAAAAUGGCUUUUAUAACUGAAUAUCCAUCAAGAUCAUUACCUGAUUAUGAGACACAAGCAGCAAAAAUGAAAAGUUUUAAUCCAUACGCUGAUAACGGAGGAAGUGUCAUAGCUCUUGCUGGAGAUGAUUUCUGUGUAAUAGCAGCAGACACACGUCUAAGUGCAGGCUUUUCUAUUUAUACACGUGAACAACAAAAACUAUUUCCUUUGUCAUCUAAAACUAUUUUAGGUUGCUCUGGUUGUUGGUGUGAUACACUUAUGCUAACUAAACUCUUAACUGCUAGAAUGCAGAUAUAUGAGUACGAACAUCAGAAAAAAAUGACAACACAGGCAAUUGCACAAACACUAUCAAUAAUGUUAUAUUAUAAGCGAUUCUUUCCUUAUUAUGUAAGUAAUAUUCUUGGUGGAUUAGAUGAGGAUGGUAAAGGCUGUGUAUUUAGUUAUGAUCCAAUUGGACAUUGCGAAGUAACAAAAUACAGAGCAGGUGGUUCUGCUGGUGCCCUUUUGCAACCUCUCUUGGACAAUCAGAUUGGAUAUAAAAAUCAAGAAGGUGUUGAACCUAUUCCUUUAACCCAAGAAAGAGCUAUUGCAAUUAUAAAAGAUGUUUUUGUAUCGGCAGCAGAAAGAGAUAUUUACACUGGUGAUUCUAUUUGUAUUAAAAUGAUAACAAAUGAUGGUAUACAAGAUUCAAGUUAUGAACUGAGAAAAGAUUAAUGA